AUAAAUAAAGAAAAGGAUAAAUUGAAUUUAAUAAAGUGUAAAAUGGAUGGAAAUCUUUGGGAUUUGGCUGUGGAAACGUACAACCAUGUGGUCACAGCAGAGCUACGCAUCAACGAAUUGGUGCAGGAGCGCUUGAGCCUUGGCGAUCCGCUGUGGCGUUUUCUUAGCGUUUACAUGGAGCCGGGACUCCUCUUCAAUCUGGUGAUUCCCCUGUGCGGCAUCUACAGCCAGGCUCUGCUCACUCGGUUGCUCUUUGCGGUUGGUCUGGCCAGCACGCUCAACUCCUUUGCCAAGUGGAUACUUCCCGAGCAGCGUCCUUUGUGGUUGCUCCGAGAGAUCUACGCCAGCAAUGUGCGCAGCCCCAGCCCCGGCGUCGCAUUGGAGAGUCAUCCGCUGAGCUGUGAAACGACUGCCGGCAUGCCCUGUGCCCAUUCCAUGUCCUUCACGGUGUUCACGCUUACCAUCUGGAUGUUCCUCUACGCUCACUCCCGCCAGCGGUGGCUCGCCGGUACAGUGGUCCACGGCUUGAUUUUCUCCAUGUGGCUAAGCCGCCUGUACUUAGCUACGGAGUUUCUGCACCAAUGCGUCCUGGGCACUUUCAUUGGCAUUCAGGCUAUGGACGCACUCGACCAAAAGAAUGACUAUUUGUGGUCGAGGCGUCGUCGCUGGGCAGUGACUGGAGUGUUCCUGUUAGGUGGCCUUGCCGCUGCAGUGUAUUUUGUGAAGCUUAGCCUGGAAAUCGAUCCGCAUUGGUCGGUACGCGAGGCCUUUAAGUGGUGCCCAGAUCCUUCAUAUAUGCGACACGAGGCGAGUCCCAUUUUCUUUCUGGUGCGCGACUUGGGAAUUCUCAUGGGCAUAGCUCUGGCAUCGCCCCUCUCUAAUCUGGACACCAAAAAUGCAUCACUUUGGCGACGCUGCAUUGUCCUGGCAAUUCUGGAGCUGUUUAACUUCGGAAUGCGUUGGGCCACUCCCAAGCAAAAUGGGCGUUUCGCCUUCUUGGCCUACGAGCUGUUCAGAAAUGCUGUGCACUCUCUGUUACUUCUAAAGAACCUACCAAGACUCAGGUAGUUUUAAGUUUAAAUAAUGACUUGGGCAGUGCUUUUGGAUUUCUUUGUGAUUAAAUUCCCGUAACGAUUAGGUAUGUAUUGUUUAAAUAGUUAAAUAUGUUUAAAUAGCACAUAGGACUAGCCGUGAAAGAAUACUUCCAACUAAAGAUUAUAUUUAAUAGAACCAUCAAUUUGCGCAUCGCUAGAGGCUAUAUUGAAUACACCUUUCUUUGUAAAUAUUCCAACUUU